AUGCCACCGGUGCAAGGCGGACGGUGCCAGUCUCCUGGAAAGGGCCAAAGUCCCGAUGGACGAUGGAUGCUGAAGCUCAUCUAUCCGAACGCGGUCAACCUCGACUCGUAUCUCGAGGUGUGGUUGCAAGCUGUCGCGGCGGCGGCAGCGCCUGGCUCUGCGUCCCUGGCCGCAAUCGAGGGCUGCGGCGGACCUGCCUCGUACCUUAGCCGCCAGGAUGACGGCCCGGAGUACAAGAAGAUGUUGAAGGAAACCCUUGUCGCCUUCCACCCUUCUCCUGUACAAGCGGUGCCAGGGGAGGCCCACGCACCUCUGCCGCGCCACGCGUCACUUCAGCACAGGUCCUCCAUGGCAGACCUUCUAGAUCGCGUGGUGCAAUCGCUCCUGCGCUCAUCGACCGUGGGAGGACAGGGGAACAGUGUCGGCGGGUACUACGCCGCUCAGGGAGACGACCCGCGCCGUAACGUCCUCUCCCUCGGAUGCCGAGUAGCGGGACCGCAGGCGACGAGCGAGCUGCUGAGCGUGCAAGGGGUAGCAUGCACGUUUCCCAACACUACGGUCAACGUCAUCCGGUCGCCUCCGUGGGAGCUCCUGCUGUCCAGAAUUGGGGAUGACUUGAUGUUUGCUCUCCUGAGACAGCACGCCGUGCUGCAGCGGCUGCCUAACCGCUGCUACAUGCAGGCAAGGCCUCGACAGUCAGCACCAACGAUGCUCAAUGAAGGGCGGUAUUGA